ACCUCAGUCUCUCGUCGCCUUUGGUCCCGCGAGGUGCCUCCGUCCUGCCUCUCCAUCCCUCUCGCUCACUGGCCACGACACUCCCUCCCUGGGUAUCUCGCCCUUUCCCUAGCGCCCUCCCUUCUCCCUUUAUCCCUCGGCCGAGCGCCCUACCCCGGAGCUAAGGUAUCACACGACCGGCGUUGCGCGGGAGACGAUGAUAACGCGCAUGACCUCAUAUUGACACAAACGCAUGACGAGGGACGGUCUGAGAAGGCAUUGUCGUUUCCAGGAAGGAUAACUAUUUGGCGUGGCGUUGAAGUCACCGCCAGACACGUAACACGGCAGACGACUCGUGCCCAGUCUUUACAUAUUAUGUGACACGAAUUCCUGCACGCACACUUAGAGGCAAUACAAAACAAUAGCUGUUCUAGUGUGUUUUUGUUGUCAUUUUUUGUUUCUUUGGUGCCCAGAAAACUUUUCGUUCUAAUCAAAGGGCAUUCUCACAGUAAGAACACCAAAAACAGAUAAAUAUGCCCCUGAGGUUACAUAUAUAUUUCACUGAAAAAACUGCGUAAGCUUAGACGAAAAGAAAAGCCGUAAUAGAUACAACUAUUUAUCCUUUUACAAACAAGAGACACCACCAAAAAACAACACGAGUGCUCCCGAAUCCUCCCGAAACAGACUAUGUAAAGAAUCGAAUCCUUUCACUCGUUAUCCCAACCCUCUUUGACCGUCCUCUCCGCACCACAGCGCCUAAGGAUGUGGCCCUGUGACCUUAUUCCCAACUUGGCACUCAUCUGGCCGACACAGUGGCACUUAAGCGUCACGGAAUUGCUUCUGGCCACGGUGCUAUGCCUACUCUCCUGCCUGACCAUUUGCCGCCUCCGCCAUUUUUACCUCUGGCGCCGACAUGGAAUUCCUGGUCCUUCGCCCUCUCUCAUCUUCGGAAACCUUCUUCAGCUUCGUACAAGGGAUAAGGAUGUCCUAGGAGUGCAAACAGAGUGGCUGCAGAAAUACGGAAAAGUGUGUGGCUACUACAUAGGAUACCGCCCCACGCUGAUGGUGGCUGACCUGGGGAUCCUGAGCCAAAUUCUCAUCAAGGAUUUUCCUGCCUUCGCUAAUAGGGCUAAAGCAGCGCCCGGUGCCAGCAGCUUCACUGAACCCUGGCACGAGGAACUCAUAGGAUGUCCAGUUUCCUCUACACGUACCACCGCGGCGUUGGAAAUCCUGUGGUGCCGGACGUCAGCUCGAUGUUCGCUGAUCCUGGUGUUGAAACCGCAGCCCGUUUCACCUAAGUAUGCUGUAUCGCAUCUGAUGCUUCCACUCAUGCAAGAUUGCGUCGACGACUUCAUGGGCGUCGUGUCCGAUUACGUGGAUAAUGGCCGUGACUUCGACAUCUUUAGCCUAUCACAGGGAUUUACUCUCGACGUAAUCGGACGAUGCGCUCUGGCCAUGCGAAUCGACUGCCAAAGAAAUCAGCAGGACCCGCUUCUCCAGCUGAUUCGCCGUUUUUUCAAAUUCGCUAUCUCCCCCCUCGUCAUUAUGGCUAUGGUGGCGCCGGCUUUGGCUCCGUGGCUCAGGUGUUUCAGGGGGACCACGACCUCAGCGCUGGUCGAAGCCAGAGUCAUCUCCAAUCUGAACGAAGUCAUUUGUCGCCGGAGGAAGACACCGGGGAACAGCGUCGAUUUCCUCCAGCUGCUGAUCGACGCAUCUGACGAAGGCGUCGACGACAACUCCCGCCUGGAGAUGCUGGACCCCUCGUCGCUUCCUCCGGCGCAGGAGUCGUGGCUGCCCGGAACGACCUCCUCUUCCUCCCUUCCUCCGCCGAGUCGUUCUUCUCUCCCGACGAAGGACGACCACAACUGCAUGGUAGAUACGUGUUGCCGCUUGGCGAAGGCGAGGACCUGGAGCCGACCCGAGGAAAGGACUUCUGAAGGAGGCGCGGGAGACGUUAGGACUCUUGGAGGAGGAGGAGGAGGAGGAGAUAUUUCCCUUGGGAGCGAUACCAAAGUCUCAGUUUCGGCCGAUGAUACCACUGGCGAAAACACCACUAGCAUCGCCGGGGGCCAAGGUUGUCGUGGAAGUAACGAAGACAGGAUAAGUCGUUCGAGAAGUCAGGAACGACCGAAUAGCAGCAGCAGUAGCCUUGGAAGCAGCGAAGACAGGCCAAGUCGUUCCCGAAGUCAGGAACGAUCACCAACCGGAACGACCAUCAGUGACAACAUCGAAGAACCACCGACUCGUCCCCAGAACCAAGAACGACCACCACGUAAAACGAACACCAGCGACAAUAGCGAAAAAACCACCGGGUCGUACCUCCCCUCAGGAACGACCCACCUCACCGACGACGAGGUAAUGGCCAAUGCCUACAUGUUCGUCCUCGCGGGCUACGAAACGACCGCCAACGCCAUCGCCUUCACCUCCUAUACCUUGGCCAGGUACCCGCAGUGGCAGGAGCUGUGUGUCGAGGAGAUACGGAAGGUGAUGGACGGACAGGAACAGAACGAGCUAACGUACGAGCAAGUGAGCUGCUUGCACGUGUUGGAACGAGUCUUUCAAGAAACCCUACGCAUUUAUCCGCCGGUCCCCUCCUUCGUGACCCGGGAGGCAGGGCUGACCCGAGAGGUGGGCGGGGUUACCAUUCCUUCCGGGGUCAACGUUACCGUCCCCGUCUGGCACAUUCAUCAUGACCCCGCCCUCUGGCCUGACCCCGAGAAGUUUGACCCUGAUAGAUUCCUGCCGGAGAUGAAGAAGGGGCGCCCCUCCCUGGCAUGGAUGCCCUUCGGAGCGGGUCCCAGGAACUGCAUCGGUAUCCGCUUCGCCCGUCUCGAGGCAAAGUUGGCAUUGGCAACACUGCUCAGGGAUUACGUCAUCGAGUUGGCACCCUGCGUUAAGGACCCUUUGCCCGUCGGUGUACAAACUGUGACGCUGUGUCCUACCGAAGGAGUAUGGUUGAGGGCGAGAAGGAGAACGCAGAAGCAAUAGAUCAUAUAAAAGUACUAUGUACGCAAUGAGGAUGCCAUCUGUGAACAAAAUGAAAUAAGUAGAUGUAUAAUACUUAUAUUUCUAAAAGUCAGCCCCUAAAAUAAUUACGUUUUUUGUACUUAUACUUCAAAGAAAAUGAUAAUACCCUGAAUUUAGGGGUAACAAUACUAUCUUGGUGUGAGACAUGAACAAUGAACAAAUACUUAGUAAUACAGGUUUGUGUAUGUAUAUACAUACAUAUUGUAUAUAUAUGAGUAUAUAUAUACAUGUA